CUACGCGUAAGGUGGAGGAGGGGGUUGCGUUUUUUACUUCAUCAGUAGAAGUCAAGACGUCAAAUAGUAACCAGCUCGUCAACCUGUUGCAGUGCUGUUUCUUCCAUCAAUCGUGCCUUUCAAUUGUUUCGUCAUCUUUUGUGAUUUAGCGACUAAGCUUAUAAUAAUCAUUUGAAAUGGAUGGUCAACCACCGGGUUAUUACGGUCAUAAUUGGGAAACCACCAACAGCCAAGAAAAUGAAGACAUGUCAUUUGAUCUUUUUACUAAUUCACAAACUCAAAUAAUUCAAUCAAUAAUGGUUGAGAAUCCGUCAAAUUAUGUUGAGCCCCAGGUUGCUCCUAUUGAGUCAGAAAAUACUUACAUCUGUCAUAACACAGACUCAUACCACAAUUUUCCGCAUCAUCAACUAGCAGAAACAACUGCCUAUCCCAUUAACAAUUGCCCUGGCAUACCGAUAAACACCAGUCCAACUUUUGAUGUCUCUAAUGGAGUGCCAGCAAUGGAAUUGUGGCCGGGAGAUCAAAAUUUCAAUGUUGAAUUUAGUAAAGCUCAAGAUAAAACUAAAGCAACACCAUGGAUAUAUUCCACAAAACUGAAGAAGCUGUUUGUUAGUAUGGAUAAGGCCUGCCCAAUUUCCUUUAGAAUGGAUAACCUUUCACAGGAAUAUCACAGAUAUUGCAUUCGGGGACAAAUGGUGUAUUCAAAGGCUGAUCACUUUCAAGAUCCCGUUGAACGGUGCCCAGCCCACAAGGGGACUGGUCCACCGUUGCCCUAUACACCACAUGUAUUGCGUUGUGAAGACAAUGAUUCAACAUAUGUCGAUUACAAUGAUAUGCGGCAUUCGGUUGUCGUUCCACUGAAGCCUCCUGCUCCCGGGACCCAGUCAGUGUCAUUGUGUUACAAAUUCAUGUGCCUGUCUAGCUGCCAAGGAGGCUUGAACCGACGACCCACCAAACUGAUCUUUACAUUAGAGUCCUUGACAAAUUUACAGGUUGUUGGACGGUAUGCCUGUGAUGUUCGUAUAUGUAGCUGUCCCGGUCGGGAUAUUAGGGCUGAAGAAGCAAGGUUUGAUAAAAUGCAUUCACAUGAUCCCACUGCCAACGAAACAGACUCUUCAAACUUGAUUCCUAUCGAGCUUCCUUCAAUGGCUCAGUUGAAAGGAAAAAUUAAAAAAAGAAAAGCUGUUCUUCCUCCUCCUCCUCCUCCUCCUCCUCUGGUCACGCAAACAGAUUCGACAGAAGACGAUGACGGAAUCUACAACUUGAACGUCAAUAUUAAAGGACUAAAAAAUUUCAACUUCAUCAAAGAUAUUAUAAGUCGUUUUCAACAUGACUACGAUGGCUUUCCCCCCGCAAACAAUGAUCAAGAUAAUUAUGCUGAUACUGGGAAACGUUUUAAAAAAGAGGAGCCUUAAAUCGUGAAGUCUUCCCUUAAAAAGAGUCGUUUCAAAAUACAGUUUUAUUCUUUUUUAAUGUUUCUGAAUUAUUGGCAUGAUGAUUAAAAUUAAAUCGAUUUUUCACGAAUUCAUUUAACAGCGUGUAACUCUGUAACAUGCCAAUGAUGUGCCGAAUAAACUUAGUAUGACUAAAAGAAA